CCCUCCUUCCACUUAAAUCCUUUUCCUUUUUUUUUUUUGUUGACAAAAUCUUUUUCCUUGUAACACACACAUUUAUAAGUAGACACAUUCUGACAUUCAUACGUUUGUGCCUCAAACACACUCUGAUUUCUCAGUUAGUAACCAACCAGUUAUCAAGUACCCUCUCUCUCUCUCUCACACACACACACACAGCUAUGGACUUCUUCACCCAACCUGAAAUCACUCAAAGCUUCAACUGGUUUUGCAAUGUUCAACCUCAACAAAACGACACAGACAAAAUCAUGGGUAUUGCGCCAUUUGAUGAUUUCUUUGAGUUUGAUUGGGCAACUCAAUUUUCAUACCAAAGUAAUCAUUUUUACAUGAAUGACUUCGAUGAUCUUGAAAAUUUCAACUUUGAUUUCAACCUCCCACACCUUGAUCAGAAUAAUUUUGAGGUUGAUAAAAAACCCCUCAAUGUUGUCUUGCCUGAGUUGGGGCAUUACAAUCACAAAGGUGAGACUGUUGGUUACGUUGAAGCUUCUGUGAAAACUGAAAGUGGGUUUGUGAGUUUUGUGAAGAAAGAGAAUGAAUGGGAGAAUCAGGAAUUGUCGUCAUUAGUUCCAUUGGCAUUGCAAAGUAGCAGUACUAGCAUCAUUAGGAAGAGGUCAUCUUCAUUGCAAUUUGAUGAUAUAAAGAAACAUUUUGAUGUUCCUAUAACAAUGGCUGCUAAGAAACUGAAUGUUGGUGUGACCUUUUUGAAGAAAAGAUGCAGGGAGCUCAACAUCACUAGGUGGCCUCACAGAAAAUUGAGGAGUUUGAUGUUACUCAUCGACAACCUUAAGGACAAGGGUUUGACUAAGGAAGUUGCAAUGUUGGAGAAGCAAAAAAAGAUGUUGGAGAAACUUCCGGGAAUGCAUUUGAAUGAUGAAAUCAAGAAGCUGAGGCAAGCAUGCUUUAAAGCUAAUUACAAGAACAGAAAACUAAUUGCCCUCUGUCCUUGAAUUUCACCGUCUUUGCUAAUAAAGAAAUGUCUCACACAUUGAAAUUCUAGUACUUGGUCUUAUUGUUUUUUUGGUAUAAUUUGGAACCAAUUGAGUAAUAGAUACUUUUAGAACUGCAUUCUAUACUAUAGAUUAGGAAACUAAGCUGACUGAAGAACAUGUAGUUUGAUGAGUUUAUG